ACCUUCAAUCAAUCAAUCAGUCAGUCAACCAAUUUUUUAUUCAGCAAUUUUCCAAGGUGCUAGGAGCGUGGCAGAAAAAGCCAGCUGAAGCAUUGGCUUGAGAGGUACCAUGUCCCAGUUACAGUGGCAGUGGCAUCAUUAUAAGUACACAAAACAGGUGUCUUAUGGAAAAGGAGUGUUGUCAGUGUCCAGAAUUAUACAGUGCAUAGGUUAUAACAAAUUAUCAGUGAUUCUUGAAACUUCCAUAUUAUAUCAAACAAAAAAGAAAUAAAUAGAGAAGGACGAAGCUAACUCUGUUUCAAGUAGACACUUUGCAUCGUGUUGUUUGAAAAUCACAAGAAAGUUGGUACCUGUGGCAUGUUGCAAGAUGAUCUGCAGAUAGGGCAGUGAAAUAAUUUUGUGAUUCUGAUGAGAAAACAUGCGCAGUAGCCAAACACCAUAUAGUUUCUGCCAGUGAUUGGCGUCCAGUGGGUAAAAGAAUAAACUGCAAACACGAUCUCAUUUUGUGAAAAAUGGAUUGUAGAUAUCGCAAAAUUAAUUGCAGCAAAACAGCAAGGUAAAGAACCACACUUUCUUUUUAAUUAACGACUAUCAGCUUGCCUCGUAGCAGACGACAGGCACCCCUAGCGGCCAGGUGCAGUAGUUAGGAGCCUGGUUCUUCGUCACUUCCGGCGAGUAGUAAUGGCGGCGUGUUUAUAGUUUCGGAAUGAAAAACAAAUUUUUGCGAGUUGCUUCUGAUGCGCUCGUUAGCGUUUCGCACGCACACUUUUGCACUGAGCCCUCUCUAUAAGAAUACAAUCACUGCAAACACCGUGACUGCAAUUCACACGACGUUGACCACGAAUCAACGCGCCCUAGGUAACAUCCGCGCUCUCCCCGCAUCCUUUCCCCCGUCCCGUUGCUCAACCGCCACGCUUCGCGCUGUUACCGGUCCGAAACUUGCGCAACUCUCUCUACAGCUUGUGAAAAAAAAAAAAAGGUCCAUCUCGAAGGUGUUCCGCUGCUGCGGCGGAUCCAGGGUCGAAGACUCGUCGAGUCCGCAAUGCGCCCGUCGUCACGUCACUCGCGGUCGUCGUCCGCGCGUCGUCUGCUCGCGUGAACCGCGUGCCGUCUGGCCGCGACGCGGCGGCGUCGUCUGCCGCUGCCGCAAUGGCGUCGCGGGAUUGAUCGUUGGCGCUUCGCGCCGUAUCGAUCUGCUGCCGGGCCGUCGCGGACCGCGCGUAGUCGUGGUCUCGAGGCGCCGCGAAGCUGGCGUGCCGUCCGGAUGCCUGCUCGGGCCCGCCGUUCAAGAAGAUGAAGAAGCGCAAGGAGCUGGACGCCCUGGUGUCGUGUCGUGCGACGGCGCCCCGCGCCGUCCUGUCGCAGCAACAGCAGCAGCACGCGGUGCAGGAGCUGCUCCGCAAGGGAGCCAUCGUGGCCGCCGGCUCCAACGGCGGCCAUGGCUCGGACUCGUCCGACGUCGAGACGUCAUCGUACGCGGCCCUCGCCGCGUACCGGUUGCCCGCGGCGCCGCCGGUGCGAUGGUGGGCCUGGCUACCUGUGGGGCUGGUGCUGCUGGUGGGGGCAGCGGGGGCACUGGUGUGGUUGCACCUUGCCCUGAGGCAGGACCUGGACAGUCUCCGGGCACACCUGCACCGAGUGGACGUGGAUGGCAAGAAACUGCCGGCACAGCUGCACGACCUCCACGGCCAGAUUAAGGGCCUUGAGCAAAACCUGAGCAGCACAGCCACCGAGCUGCACCGAACUGCGGCAGACCUCGUGGCGCUAGCCAAGCAGGUGGCUGAGCUCAAGGCAACGACUGGCAGCUUGCAAGAGAGCGUGGCAUCGGCACCCCAGAUCAAGGGACUCCCCAGUGCCGUCACUGACCUCAAGCAGAAUGUAGCCAACCUGGGCAGCCAGGUGUCCAGCCUGGAGAAUGGCCUUCAGGCCCUCAAAGAGCAGCACAACAGCCUACAGGUGCUGCGCAAGGACAUCGACCAAGUCAAGGAGCAAGUCCAGCGGAUCAGCAAUGCCUCCGCUGUUGCCGUGGAUGACCAGAGCUCGACACACACCAGUUUGCAUGACUUGGAACAGAGUGUGCAACAGUGCCUGGGAGAGGUGCGAGCCGUCGUCGACCAGAGGCUAGUCGGCCUCGAGUCCGGUCUCAAGGAGGUGCACACCACUACCGAGAACCACACUGACAUCCUGCUGAGGCAGCAGACUCAGCUGGAAGGCGUGCUCAACUGCACCCACAGCUGCCCGGCCGACCUGUCACCUGAGAACCUCAGCCUAGCCUUGGACCGGCUGUUGUCUCCGAAUGCUACGGUCAAUGGCUCCACUGUGGAUGUUUUGAGGGAGGCCAGUCACCUGGGCACCGUCUACCACGGACUGCAGGCGCAGCUUGGUGUCAAUCACUCGGCAAGCGACGAAGUUGCUGAGCUCCUACAACAGGCUACCCUCUACGCACACUCCCCGCCAUCACAUCAUAGCACCCAGCCGACCGCUGCACCUGUUCAGCCAGUUGUAAACAAGCAGCUCAACUCAUCAGCAGAGGCCAACACUGGCCAGAAAGUGGUUCCAGCAGUGCCAACCAAUGUGCCAACCAAGCAGCCGUGACAAAGGCACCUGAUGGCGGCUGGCGUGAGUGAGCCGACGUGAGCCCGAUGUCCCCGAAGUCCGUCCUUCGUGGCGCACCACGUGGCGUCGGCAGACCCUAGAGUUAGGGCGUCGGCAGCACUCCUUCCCGGAUUACGACUGCCUUGCAGCAGUCUAGAGCAAGCCAUGCUGAGGGAGCCAAGGCCGUAUACGGAAAGCAAGCUGUGAUGUUUGCUUGCGUUAGCGCACAGAGUAGGCAACACCUGGGAGGAGAAAAUUUGUUUCCCGGCAUGCUGGCACGAACGGAUAUUGUCAUGAAACCCUCGGACGAUGGUUAGACGUCAUCCGGAGCCAUUCCCUACAACGUCUCUCCUCUUAGCCGCAGUAUUUGCUUUGCGACAUCAAACCCCAUGAGUCAGUCGAACAAUCAGUCAGCCAAUCUGCCGGCCAGCUCUGAAACUGUAAUAUGCUGGUAACACCUGGUGGUGACACAGGCAACUGUCCCGGGCAGUUGUUGUGGUUGCCUUAGCAACCUAGCAUAUUGGUGCAACUUCGCAUUCUGCACCGUGAAACGGUACUUGUAAACUUUACACCCCGUUUAGGAUUUUCCGUCCCAUUGUGUUUAUUUUUAUUUUUUUUUCAUUAGGUUUUUCUGCCCACACUAACGCUGCCAGGGAAUUUCUCCUCCUAGGUAUUACUUGUUCUGGUGUCUCCCAAUUCCUUCCAGCUGUUUCUAAAGGUCUAUUCCUGCACACAGCUGCAGGUGCAGAUGUGACUGGAAUGUGCCUGCAAAAUCUGGCCGUUCCACUCGCACAAGCCAGAACCAUUGCCUCGCUUGGUUGGCAACUGAAACCAAUGAAUCAGACAUGCAGCCUAAAGCUGGGGAUGCAGUUGGAUCUGCUUUUUGAUUGCACGAAACGUCUUACCGGAAUUGGUUGUAAUAUUCCAGCCGUCUAGUGCAGAAGUGCACUAGACGUGCACUAGCAGCCAUUUCUCUAAUUUGCGGCUGCAGCAGUUUGGUGGGAAUAGACCCUAAACAUGGCCACUUGAGGAGCUUUCGCGCUAAGCUUCAUCCUCCCGUGACAUCUUGGUGCUGCCGCUGCCCUCUAGUGACUGAGGUGGGACGCGUCACUCCUAGACUCUAGAAAUAUGGCUGUACUAGGCACUGCAGUGUCCCUUGGCCUGUAAGAACCCUGUCAACAUAACAAAUCACCAGACAUAGAUGCUAAGGGGAAGAAGCGUAUGGCAGCUCACAUUUUGAUGAGCUAUUUUUCUUUUCUUUUUGUCUUCAAAAGGCUAGUGACUAGCUUUUCAUACAGCAGUCCCAGAGGACUUUGAGUGAGGAGUAUGGCAUUGUGUAGCACAGAAAGGCUGCCUGCCGUCGACAGCUCAAGCCAAACUCCCAAAAGUGGUACAUCGUGACGCUCGUUGGAAACUUCGACUGGGAAAUGACUCGGCCAGCCUAUGCGUCGGUAGAAUGCUGCACGCAUUUUUAUUCCGGCAGUGUACCCGGAUUCCUGUUCCUUAAGCUCUCGUUAGUGUCGCCCACGUACACGACUCGGCGUUACGUGGCGGUUGGGCCGAAUUUUGCACCUCGCGAAUUUUGACUUCCAACCACGACAGCAAUCAACCUCUAGCUAGCAGCAUUGUUGUGGGUGUCAUUGUCGCACCAUGUUCACUCGUCGCCGAAGGCUAGCUGCUCUUUCAUUUUCUCAGGCUUUGCCCCGGUUUCAAUUUGCUUGCCAAUCUCGUGAAUCGCAAUUCUGAGGCAUGUAUUCGGGCAGGGCCGCGUGUCCUGCUCACCGGAAGCGUUUCACCGCCACAGACUCCCAGGUUCCAGAAAGUGUGAAAAUGCCUAGUUUGAGGUGAAAUCAUUGCUUCACCUUUUUCAGGCCAUUACCUGUGUACGUGGUCCCCUCGCCAUAACCGCCAGGGCUUGUGUUUGUGUGCUUGUCUGCAGUUGACUGUUGCCAUGGCAUCUUGUCGCGCCGCUGUUAACGAAAGUCCAGAUUCUGCAAGGUCACUGCUGACAGCGCAAGAUGAAGCUUUGAAAUGCUCAUAAGUAGUCAGAAGACCGUGUAAGUCAGUGUACAACUAGGCCAUCAGCAGUCAACCCUAUUCUUAGGACGUGGCAACGAGUCUCGUACAUUUUUGUCGGGGUACAGAAGUUCUCGAUCUAUAUAAAAAAAAAAAAUCCGUGCCACUGAAUGUCAAAGAGACUGGCUCAAGUUUCAUACAUCACACUGACAUCGAGUGCAGGUCAUUUGGGAUGUGUGGUGAAGCGUACCUGCGAGUUUUCGUUGCGGUGCCGUUUAAGUUGUGGCAGUUUGUUCUUGGUCCACAUGUGCGUUGACUUGAACACUGUGACUGUGUAAUCCUUUCCUUCGGAUUGCCAGAGCAGGCAUGCCUGUUUCUGCUGCUUAUAGUAUCACGUACAUUACCCAUUCGCAGACCAAGUCGGACUAGUAAAGAAUAUGCUGGCAUGUUCGCAACCCGAAAGCUCAAAAUAGUAAUAGGCACAGUUUAUGCAGGCUGGCUCCUUGAAAUGGUGGUAUCUUUCAAAGAGCGCAUAUUAAAAAUGGGGCCAGCUUGGGACACCGUUGUAAUGGUUUGGUAUUCUUGGUCGUCAGUAGCUCUUUUCUCAUGGCCCAUUGUGAACAGGAAACAUGUGAAGGCUUGGACCAUCGGUUUGACUCCUCUUCAUUUAAUUGCCAAUCGCAGUUCUUCACAUCUCUACCGCAUUCACAAAUUAAUGCGUGCCACAUGAAUGGCCUAAAGAUGCCUGGUAGUGCUUUUUUUUUUUGUUUCUGUGUAUAAAUUCCCGAGGGAAAUAAUGCUCGAGGCCUAUCCUCUGGCUGUUCUUCGAUAUGAUGCUGUAAGAAAACAAAGAACACAUCUUGUUAGCCCAAAAGAACCUAGCGUUUGCUUGGAAGAAAGGGCCCUGUCACUUGUUAUCGAACCAGUCACUCAAUGUUUGGCUUUUAAAGGUGCCAUAGCGCAAGCUUCCCGAGAGUCCGUCGCUGGGCGACACACUUUUGCGUCCACGAAAGCUCACAUUGCAACCGCGCCAUGUUGCCGUGCGGCCCAGCUCUGUCCACACGCAGUUGCGUACCUAACCCAGAUUGUCCGCGGGAAGGUUGUCUUGCGAGUGAAGUGUGCCAUACCUUCAAGCUAUGGCAGCCACGAAGGUGCUGUUUCUUCGGCUGAAUGAGUGUCAUUUGCAUGCGCGUUGAUGUAUGAAAAGAGGACGUCGGAAAAGACAAACUGUAAAACAGAGCUGCCCUCUUGAGCGUGAGGUCAUCAGCUGCACGCUCAAAGAUUCCGGGUGGUGAAAAUUAAUCCAGACUGCCCCCCCACUAUAUAACACCUUUCAUAGCCAGUGUGUUGGUUGAGGACUUUACGUCCCAUAAUUCACUAUUUAAUUUCGAGCCGGUUGAAUCUUGUAGUAAAGCUCUAGAUGCUGGCCUACAUUACCUUUGCAGCCUAAAAAGCUGAAACACAGUUCAGCGUUAAGGAAACUUGGAAGAACUUGUUUUGCGGCCAUGGAGAGUAUAUUUGUGCAAUAUAAGGAAUGGAAUGUUUUCCAAGUAAAAAGACAGUAUAGUGAUGAGCUUUCUGAGCUAUCCUCAAUUUAAAUCUCGCUCCAGGGUAUCAAAAAUGCUGCCUCAGAGAUAGUAUAGUGAAAAGAUAGUACAGUAAUGAGCUUUCUGAACUAUCCGCUAUUGAAAUCUCACUCCAGGGUAUCAAAAAUGCUGCCACAGGGUUUGUCACACUAAAAACUGAUACAUCUGAGGUACCAAUCUCGGCGUAUCAGAAACUUAUGUUACACUUUACGGGGUUAGAGAUCCAGUUGGAAGAUGUCGCAAGAGAGUUAACAAAAUAGGCCCGUCUGUUUCGUGAUGGGUGACAGUCUAAAUUACGCAGGUGCCCUUGCUUAAAUGGAAGUGUUGGCUACACUGCUUAGAGCUCCUCAUUGUAGUUGCUGUCCAAAGGAUGAAGCCAAGUGACAGAAGACUGCAAAUCGACGUAUCUCCUCGCACAACCCCAUUUCUCUGGUAAAACCGGGGAGCGGUGCAUUGUUCAAGUCAUGAAGCAGUUAUAUGUAUAGAUAUAAUCGAUAGCGAGUCACAGCAAUGCUCAAAGAGCGGUUGUAGAAAUAAUCCAGCGUUUCUCUUUUUUCACGUUAAAUGCGGCGAAACCGCCGGCUCACACUGCGCUCCUUUUCCAAGAAAGCAUUCCGAAAUAAAUUGCCCUCGAUUCCGUUCUGCAUUUCAGCAUUGUCGGCGCAGUAGAAAUGUGCUAUUGAAUGCUGCUGUAUUUCUAAAUGUGACUAAACUUGGCAAGCAUUUCUUAGGGUCAGUCAAAAAAAAAACUUUUCUUUUUUUUUUUUCAUUUUAGAGGCCUGUGGAGAUGAACGCGUGGAUCAUAGGCGAUUUGUGUCUGUUUACAUUCUAGAGACAGUGCGAGAUUAAUUUCCAGGGAUUACCGCUAGCUUACGGUGAAUCCCACUGAUGUAUCUGGAGAAAGUCAUUUUUUCUUCCACCUAUGGCAAGGAAUUUGUUUUCUACAAUUUGAUUUGGAGUAUUGUCGAAUUUUCUACUAGCUGUUUUGAAUCGUGUUGUUCUACGACUCGAGGGACAGGUUCGGCUGAAAGUUCUAGAGUCCAUAGCAUUGUGAACAAGGAACCUGUAUGCGUUCCGAUGUGUAGAAUAAUAAGUCGAUUUCGUCAGUCACCUUAAUUUUUCACUUUUCGCAUAGCAUUACUUCUGCUGGAUGCGUGCGACAACUUCCACCGUGAUUGAGCGCACAAUGUUAUGUAUUUCCUUUGUCAAAUAUCCAGGUGCAAUUCAUCUGCUCACUUAUGACACCAGGUAGUGGAAUUCACUAUUAGAUUCUUCUUAUCUGCUGUGGAUUUUUUCCCCACGUACAUUGUGUAAAGUAAUGCCCUCUUAUACGUUUCAGCCUUUGCCAGUUUAGAAUUGAGCUCUCGUUUGUUAGGCCUAACUUUUGAAAUAAAAUUAUGUGAGCCAGUCGUGUCCAUAGCUACCAGGUAACUCCAGAGGUUCAGUGCGUGCGUGAUGCCUUGUUUGGAUGUAACAGGCAUCAGGCAUCACCCACUUCUUCUGAACUAAACUGAUGCCCCGAAUUAAGGUCACACUUUUCUCAUUUCUUUAGAUCUCACACGAGAGUGUGGAGCCAUGCAAGCGUUUGCGAUGUGCAUGCAUAGGUUGUAAUGUUUUAUUGCACUGUUACUGUUUUGUCAUUUGUCAUCAUUCCUGCUUUUACUGCAACAAGCCUCUUUGAAUUGCCCACACCUAAAAGGCAAACUACUGUCUACCUCGAUAUAACAAAAUUGCAUCCGGCACAAAAAUAGCUUCGUUAUAUCCAGUAUUCUUCAUUUACACACUGAUAUUGCCAAGUAAGCAUUUUGUUUACUGUGUUAAAUUUGAUUUGUUAUAUCCGAUAGUUCUUUAUAUACACUAUUUCGUUACAUCCAGGUUUGUUAUAUCGAGUUUCGGCUCUACUGGUGUCGCAACAUUUUUCAUCAUUGCAUUUACUAGGACAUUUGCAGACUGAGAUGUUUCAUUAGUUGUUCUCAGCGAUCAUUCAUUCUGCUUGCUGAACGAUCACGAUGUGUCAUUGGACAGUGUCGUGCCUUUGCCACUACACACAGACUUUGACGAUACCUGGCAAUUCUGAGCCCGAAAUUCGCACGUUGCCAAAAGCGUUUCGGUCAAAAAAAAAAAAAAGUCUUUUUUUUUUAUUGCGGAGGUACGGCAGCUCAGGCUAGACAUCUGUCCAAUGGCACGAUUUAAUGAGUGUCUCUCCACACGGCUAACCUUGUUGAGCGCAUUUUCUCGGUGUUGCUGCAGGUUGUUGUGUGGCCGUCCGCACGUCACAGCUUGCGUCCACAGCAUUUGAUCGCAAUUGUUGCUGCUCCGUCGUGAGCCAGCAACAGGUGUGCAUUCCAGUGCAAUGAACCGAUGCCGGCCAUAGUGCUAAGUGAACAAAACAAUAAAACAUGCUUUGCCAAAAUA